CAGGCUCGUUAUUAAAUGAACAAUAGAGGUGCAUUUUAAUGUAUGUAAGACUACUACUCAGUACUCACAACGUACUCGCAGGGAAUGCGUGCUUCCCGUCCAAAAUCCUAUAUAAAAAACACAAAGCUACCAAAAGCUCUGCGUGCCAAAAACACAUGACUACAUCCUGCACCGUCGCUGAAGGCGGCGCCACCACCACAAUCGCUGCCAUCCAUCCCGAUAUUCUCGGAACACAUAUUUUGACACGCUUUGAUGGGCCCACCCUUGCCUCCGCUGCCUGUACUUGCGCUCAGUUUUGUGCAUUGGCCUCUCGGGAAGAACUCUGGACCAACAUUUGCCUCUCUACGUGGCCUUCCACUGACACGGCACGUAUGCAAAAGGUCAUUUCUACGUUUCCAGACGGUCCUCGCUCAUUCUUCUCCGACUCCUACCCUCUGCUGACGGUCGUAGACCCCACUGGUGUUCAACCGGUCUCCCAUGGCAGUCCAUCCGAAUUAAUCUCAGCCGUCGAUAUUUUUUAUCGAGAGGAGCUCGUUUUCAGCAAAGUUGAGGAGACGGAGACGGAGUCCGGCUGGUUCCGGUGCUCGCCGUUUCGAAUAGACUUGCUAGACCCGAAAGACACGGUUCCGACGGGGGUACCGCAACCGGACGCGAAGGACACGUGUGGGGAGCUCGCCGAUGAGUUGACUCUGAGCUGGAUUGUAAUCGAUCCGGUCGGUCGACGCGCUAUGAAUCUCUCGAGCCACAAGCCGGUUUCCGUUCAGCGGCACUGGCUGAGCGGUGAGGUGCACGCGCGGUUCGCGGCAAUUUUGAGCGGGGAGAGGGGAUCGUCUUCGGAGUUGGUGCGGUGCGGAAUAGUGGUGACGUUUGGUAAUGGGACCCACGAGGGUGGGAUGCACGUGAGAGAGGUGAGCUUGCAGGUGGAGGACAUGGAUGGAACAAACUUGAAUGGUAAGGAUAGCUUGUGGAUUUUACAAAAGGCAUUGGAGGGGAAAAAGGGCAGAAGAAUAAGAAAAAGUUUGCCAGAGGAAGGAAGGCGCAGACACGAAGAGUUUUUGGAAAUGAAGAGGGAGAGGAAAGAAAGGAAGUUGAGGGCAGAAGCGACAUUUGACAUGCUUUGUGUGUCCUUCGGGAUCCUCAGUCUUGCCUUUCUGGGUCUGUACAUUUUGUGGAGAUUGUAAUUCAUGGUUCCCUUCACUCAUAAAACAAUAUUAUUAAUUUACUGGUCAUAUUAUGGGUGGAUUUGAUGCAAAAUUUGAAGCAGCAUAUAUGCACCAAACACAUAUUUUAAAGUA